AUGUAGCAUGGCCUAAUUCCUAAUUCAUUAAAACCCCUAAGGUAUAACAAAAGAGACAAUUAUUUUUUGUGGAUCAAUUCUAUCCUUGACUAUGUAAUAUAUACAGAUGAAUUUUCUAUCAUGAGUUUAUUACAAGAUUAAAUUCAAUCGAUCUUUGAAUCUCAAGCGACAGGGAUCUCAUUUAAGGAGAUACUUACAAAUGACUACAUAGACAAAGAAGGUUUGCUUGUUGAGCUUAAACUGGAUUCAGAAACUGCUUUCAUUAUGAGAGGAAAUCACAAGAAUUGUUUAACUUGGAUGGAUAAAAUAGGAUAAGUUGCCUUAAAUAAAGGAUAUCCGGCUGCAUCUAGACCUAUUGUAAGCAAAGCCUUAUUAAAAGCUUGUCUUGAUUUCAUUGGGAAGAUUUAUCAAAUGAAUAAAUAUCCAUAUCCAGGACUCAAGUUAAUGAAUAGGAUGGUUACUUGA